GGCUACAGAGCUUGCAGGGUGCUGCAGGCCAGCUGCUGUACGGGGAGGCUGGAGGAUGAAGAAGGGAGGACUUAGAGGGGCUGCUGGGGAUCCCCCCACGGCAGCUGGAUCCUGGAGUGCGGGACUGGCCCGUGCCCGGCUGGCCAUGAGUCUGCAGCAGAGGGUCUUCCCGAGAAGGGAGAACGGCACUCAUGAAGUGGCCGCUAAGCCCAGUGCACUCAGCACCCAUCAGCCCCGGGCCCGGGAGCAGGAGAGGAAGAAGGGCAGCCUCACUUCCUCUCUGAGGACGGAGCCACACGGCCGUUCCGGGAAGAGCAGAAAGUCCGCAAAAUUCCGCUCCAUUUCCCGGUCCCUGAUCCUCUGUAAUGCUAAGACAAGUGAUGAUGGCUCUAGCCCUGAUGAGAGAUAUCCUGAUCCCUUUGAGGUGUCGCUGGGCCAGGGCGAGGAGGGGAUUCUCCACUCAUCCGUGCAGCUGGCAGACACGUCGGAAGCCGGGCCUGGCAGCAUUCCUGAUCUAGCGCUGGCCUCCGAGGCUGCUCCACUGGCAGCAGCUGGGAGCGAUCGAGGCAAGGCCUGUAGGAAGAUGUUCUUCACGAAGGAAUCCUCCGCAACUUCCUCUCGUGGAAAGCCUGGAAAACCGGAGACCCAGAGUAACUUCCUGUUCCCUAAGGCCUGCCACCACAGGACACGCAGCAACUCAACGAGUGUUAAUCCCUACUGCACUGGAGACAUUGAUUUUCCCAUGACCAAGAAAUGUGCAGCGUCAGCAGACCGGCAGCCUUAUUCUCUGUGUAGUAACAGGAAGUCCCUCUCGCAGCAACUGGACUGUCCAGCAGCAAAGGCCACGGGCACGUCACGACCAACGCGAUCACUGAGCACAGCCCAGCUCGUGCAGCCGUCCGGGGGUCUCCAGGCUUCGGUCAUCUCCAACGUUGUGCUGAUGAAGGGCCAGGCGAAGGGUCUGGGCUUCAGCAUCGUUGGGGGGCAGGACAGCAUCUAUGGCCCCAUUGGGAUUUACGUCAAAACCAUCUUCGCUGGAGGAGCAGCUGCCGCUGACGGACGGUUACAAGAAGGUGAUGAAAUUCUGGAACUCAACGGGGAGUCCAUGGCUGGGCUAACGCACCAGGAUGCCUUGCAGAAGUUCAAGCAAGCCAAAAAGGGGCUCCUCACCCUCACCGUGAGGACCCGCCUGACGGUGCCGCCUGCGCUGUGCAGCCAGCUCUCCCCACCGCUGAGCCGCUCCCUGAGCUCCAGCACCUGUGUGGCCAAGGACAGCAGUGGCUUCGCCCUGGACAGCCCCGCGUCCCCUGGCAGCAGCACCAUCAAACCCAACUACAGAAUCAUGGUGGAGGUGUCUCUGAAGAAAGAGGCUGGCGUCGGCCUGGGCAUCGGCCUGUGCAGCGUCCCGUACUUCCAGUGCAUCUCGGGCAUUUUCGUGCACACACUGUCACCAGGCUCUGUGGCGCAUCUGGACGGACGGCUCCGGUGUGGCGAUGAGAUCGUGGAGAUCAACGACACCCCUGUGCACUGCCUGACUCUCAAUGAGGUCUACGCCAUCCUGAGCCACUGCAGUCCCGGUCCAGUCCCCAUCAUUGUCAGCCGACAUCCAGACCCCCAGGUGUCUGAACAGCAACUCAAGGAAGCUGUGGCUCAGGCGGUGGAGAACUUCAAGUUUGGAAAGGAGAGGCACCAGUGGAGUCUGGAAGGUACGGGCAACGGUGUCAAGAGGCUGGAGAGCAGCUGGCACGGGCGGCCCACCUUGGAGAAGGAGCGGGAGAAGACCUCGGCGCCCCCGCACCGCAGGGCGCAGAAGGUCAUGAUCCGCUCCAGCAGCGACAGCAGCUACAUGUCCGGGUCCCCGGGGGGCAGCCCCAGCAGCGGCGGCGGCGGCACAGUGCAGCAGCCCUCCGAUCAAGAAGUCAGCAGGCACAGCCCCAGCCUGCGCCUGAGCCAGGAGCCAGGGGCUUCUCCCCCGGCCUCGUCCAGGCCACCCCAGGACAGCCCGCGCCUCCCUGAGAGCCCAGACGAGCACCCGCCAGUGCGGCUGAAGAAAUCCUUCGAGAUUUUCGUGAGGAAGCCUACGUCCUCCAAGCCCAAACCUCCACCCAGAAAAUACUUCAAAAGCGACAGCGACCCUCAGAAGAGUCUGGCAGAGGCCGAGAACGCCACGAGCCUGCCUGGGCACGCCUUGCCCGCCUGCGGCCAGGAAGCCAGAGAGCUGCUGCCACUGCUGUCGCCGCAGGAAGACACGGCAGGGAGAGGGCCCCACGCCACCGGCAGCUGCCUCGGAGCUGGAGACGACCCUCAGGCUCCGUCGACCACGGAGGGAGAGCCAGGGAGGAGGAGAGCCAGCCCAGCGACCCAGACGUCCCCACUGAAACACCCCCUGCUGAAGCGGCAGGCUCGGAUGGACUAUAGCUUCGAGACCACCCCCGAAGACCCCUGGGUGAGAAUUUCCGACUGCAUCAAAAGCUUGUUCAGCCCCAUGAUGAGUGAGAGCCAUGGCCACCUGCCCCUGCAGCCCCACGCCAGCCUGCGUGAAGAAGACGGGCAGCAGGGCCACCUGGAGGGGACCUGUGCCCCGAAGCUGGACCCUGCUCAUGGCGCUGCCAAAGUGCACAAGGCAACGGACAGUGGCACUGGGAAGAAGGGGCCCCCUGUGGCCCCCAAGCCAGCUUGGUUUCGCCAAAGCUUGAAAGGUUUGAGGAAUCGUGCUUCCCCAGCACAGCCAAUAGCUGCCUCCUCCAGGGAGCCCCCCGGACCACAUGUGCAGGCCUCCUCCUCCUCUUCCUCCAUCAAGCAGAGAAUCAGCUCCUUUGAGACCUUCGGGUCUUCUCAGCUGCCUGACAGGGGAGUCCAGAGACUGAGCCUGCAUGCGUCCCCUGGGGAGGCAGCAAAACCUUCUGGGAAGCAAGAGGGGGGCCGGUUCUCUGGCCUCUUGGGGAGAGGGGCUCCGCCCACCGCUGAGCCCCGGCAGCAGGAGCAGCAUCAGCUGUCCCGGGGUUCCCCUGCAGCCUCAGAGGCCAGUGACCCUGGUGUGUCUGAGUCCCCUCCCCAAGGACAGAAGCCCCGUCCGCAACCCCUCCCCACCGAGCCGGACCCACUCCAGAGGCUGCUGCCAUCCCGGCCCGAGGCAUCUCCAGGGCCGGUGCUGAAGGUGCCCAGCCAGCGGGCUCGGAGUUUCCCCCUGACCAGGACCCAGUCGUGUGAGACGAAGCUCCUGGACGAGAAGAGCAGUAAACUCUACUCCAUCAGCAGCCAGGUGUCGUCGGCUGUCAUGAAAUCCUUGCUGUGCCUCCCAUCCGCCGCGGCCUGGGGCCAGGCUCCCUGCAGCCCCAGGGAGGGGGUGCCGCCCAGGCCGGCCUCCCGUGAGGACCCGGCCCCCGACGGCUCUGCAGAAGCCCCCGCCUCGGACAGCGGCUUCUCUCUCAAUCUGGCGGAGCUGCGAGAAUACACGGAGGGCCUCACGGAGCCCCAGGACGCCGAGGACGCGGCUCCCUGCCCGCAGUCGGGGCAGUCCGUGAUCUCCCUGCUGAGCUCCGAAGAGCUGAGAAAGCUCAUCGAGGAAGUGAGGGUUCUGGAUGAAGCAACCUUAAAGCAAUUGGACAGCAUCCACGUCACCAUCCUACACAAGGAGGAGGGAGCCGGCCUGGGGUUCAGCUUGGCAGGAGGGGCGGAUCUGGAAAACAAGGUGAUUACGGUUCACAGGGUGUUUCCAAAUGGGCUGGCCUCCCAGGAAGGCACCAUUCAGAAGGGCAACGAGGUUCUUUCCAUCAACGGCAAGUCCCUCAAGGGGACCACGCACAACGACGCCCUGGCCAUCCUCCGCCAAGCACGGGACCCACGGCAAGCAGUGAUUGUCACAAGGAGGCCGGCUCCGGAGGCCUCGCCUGGCCUGAGCCCCUCCAGUGACUCUGUGGCAGCACCCUCUGCAGCCAGCGACAUCCCUGCAGAAUCUGCAUCGGAGGCUGCUGUCUGCACCGUGACCUUGGAGAAGACCUCAGCAGGGCUGGGUUUCAGCCUGGAAGGUGGGAGGGGCUCGCUGCGUGGAGACAAGCCCAUCACCAUCAACCGGAUCUUCAAAGGGGCAGCAUCGGGACAGAGCGCGACACUCCAGCCGGGAGACGAGAUCUUGCACGUGGCCGGCACCACCGUGCAGGGCCUCACCCGCUUCGAGGCCUGGAACAUCAUCAAGGCCUUGCCGGAUGGACCUGUCACUGUUGUCAUCAGGAGGAGAGGCCUCCAUCCACAGGGGACUGCGGUCACUGGGGACCCCUAGUGGACAGCACCAGUGCUGAAGCCAAAGUCAAGAGCACGCAGCUCCCAUAACCCCAGAGCUGAUUCUCAGGGUCUCUCUGCACACCCCACCCAGAGGGCGGGGGCCUUCUGCUGGCCACUGCCCAGGGCCCCAGCCAGGGGGUCAUCCCAGAAGUAAGAGCAAAGUUACACUGGGAUGGCCGGUACAGACUGUUCAGAGAGCGCUUAAUGCCAAUACUGUGGUCCAUAAUAAAGCAGAUCUCUCAGAACUUGGUACGAAAGCCACACCCUGCUUUACAAAGUCUCCCAAGUAUUCGGAUCCAGCCCAAA